CGACAUGUUUACACAUCUUGAGGGUUCUACGCCUAUGGGCAUGGGGUGUAUGUUUUUGGCCUCUGUUGGAGCUUUUCUGUUUGGCUUCGAUAAUGGCUGGUGGGGAACUAUCCUGGGGUCUCCCAAGUUCCUUUCAGAUUACGGUUCUUGUGUUGAUGUCGAUGGAGUUUCGACGUGUAAUUUGUCCACUCAGCAGUUGUCAGUGGGCACGGCAGUGCAGUCUGGCGGCAUCAUGAUCGGUUGCUUGAUUGCAAUCUAUCUCAACGAUUUGAUCGGCCGCAAACUAUCCCUCGUCACAACCGGGGCAAUCUCCAUCGUCGGGGUUCUGAUCGAGGCGACGAGUGCAACUGGUGGAUCAGGACGAUUCAGCCAAUUCGUUGUUGGCAAAGUCAUUGCUUCCAUCGCCAUGGGGCUGGCCGUCAACAUUGUCCCGAUCUACCUUUCCGAAACCUCUACUGCCUCCGCUCGUGGAUUUGCUGUCAGCAUAUAUCAGAACAUCCAGAUCUUAGGUCUCAUUCUAGCGGCUGGCAUUGUAUAUGCUUCAGCCAAGAGCACCACAUCCUCUGCAUACCUCAUCCCGAUCUGUCUUCAAAUCAUCGCGCCAACAAUCAUGGUACUCGCAUCCCCAAUCCUCCCAGAGUCCCCACGAUGGCUCAUGUGGAAAGGGCGACGCAACGACGCCAUCGCCGCUGCAACCAAACUCUUCGCCACACCCACAAACAACUUUGAUGCCAGCAAAUGCGUCGACGAAAUCCAGCUCGCCAUCGACGCCGAGCGCCAGAGCAAAGACGCAUCCCGCUGGGCAGACCUCAUGCACGGCCCAGACCUCCGCCGUCUCCUCAUCGCCGUCGGCAUCCAAUCGCUCCAACAAGCACAGGGAUCGUCCUACAUGAACAGCUAUAUCGUCUCGUUCCUCCAGUCCACCGGUGUUACAGACGUUUUCCCCGUCAUCAUGGGAUUAUACGCUUUAUACUACGUCGCCGUCCUCUCCGGCCACGUCCUCCCUGACACAGUCGGGCGCCGCCCAAUUCUAAUGUGGACGUCUGCUUUUUGCGGAUGCUGCCUGCUCGUUGUAUCAGCGUUGGUUGUGGGGUUCAAAACACCCUCGGAUGCUACGAGUAAAUCGUCCAUCGCGCUCAUCUUCCUAUGGUACAUCUCCUUUGGGAUCCAGUCUCCGCUGAUCUGGAUCACGACGGCCGAGUCGGCGCCUACGCGGAAUCGCGAGAAGGUGCAGGCUAUUGCGUGCUUCUUUGGGUUUGGCGUGUCGCUGUUGAUUACUUCGGUUUCGCCGUAUAUACAGAAUGUUGGGUAUGGGAAUCUUGGUGGACGGAUUGGCUUCAUAUGGAGCGCUUUCGCUUUCGUAACCUUGGUUUGGGUAUUCUUCACCGUCCCCGAAAUGAAAGGCUUCUCAAUCGAACAGCUCGACUUCCUAUAUAACAACAAAGUGGCUACACGCAAGUUCAAGGGCUAUCGAUUCGAUACCGAAGCGGGUAUCGUGGUUGACAGCGAUACCGAUGACGUGAUUGUGCAGAAGAAAGACGCAGGGGCUGUAGAGACUGUCAAGAGUAUUGAUGAGCAAGGGACUUGAAUCCACUGUCACGAAUCAUUGAAAGUUGAAAUGCGGGUGUAUGAAGAAGUACGUUUGGAUAGAGAGUAGAGGUCAUAUUUUCAAACUGUUGAAAUCCAGAAGAGCUGUGCAAUAUCGUCGUCCAUGAACCAUCUUGAAUAGAUUCCAUUCUUCUUAAUUAAGACCAUAAAAUCUCGACAAGCACACCAUUCACCACUGAUAGACCUUUACAAAUCCGCAGGAAUAGACACUCACACGAAGACUAACCUGUACACAGCGUACCCGCAUAAUUCAGCAUCCCACAUCCCAUCCACCAAGUCCUCUCCGUAAAAAGAGAAAUCACACUCUCGCAUCAUUCAUCAAUCAGCGUGGACUACUUCAC